AUGGCAACUACAAGGAAAAGUAACAAAACAAAUAAAACUAUUCUACUUUCAAAUAAAGAAAAAGAAAUAUUAACUGUAUUACAUGAACUGUAUGCUAACGAUUUUAAAAAAUACGGUGAACAUAUUAAACGAGAAUCAAAUAUACCAACAUCAAUCAAAAAUAUUUAUAACUCGUUAGAUCAACGUCAAGCUUAUCAGCGUGUCUUCAAUUAUUUUCAAAAGCAAAAGACAAGAUUACGAACAAGCUCAAGAUCAAAUCAUCUUAAGAAACCUUCUCGUUCAUCAAUUCGUAAUAGAGCACAAAUAGAUGAACCUAUGUCUAUCACACAAUCUGAUUCUGAAUCGGAUGACAAUGAUCAGCAAGAAUCGAAUAGUUCAAUAAUGGAAAAUCAUAUGAAUGAAACAAAUGAAUAUCAACAUGUGACAACUAAUAAUGAUAAUGAUGUACAAGAAAUUGAAGUAUCAGAAAAUAAUUCAAUUCAUCAAGAAAAACAAACAUUACCAUUAACAAAUAAUGGACAUAAUGAAUCAAUGUUUAUUCCUCAUUCUCAAACUUCUACAAAUUUAACAUUUGAUUUAUUAUCAAUACGUACAAAUAUUCAACAAGCUUUACAUGAACUUGAUCGUGCUAUAUUAGAAUCUGAAAGCAUAACUAAAGAUUCCAACAAUAAACAACAACAACGAUUAUUAAUUAGAAAUAAUAAUUUCUUAACAAAUACUUAUGAUAAUCGAAAAUUAGAUGAUAUUGUUCGUUCAUUAUCAAAUGUUGUUAAUCAACAACAAGAAAAUGUUCAUUUAAUUCUUAAUGAAUCAUCGAGUUUAUUAAGUAAUGAAAAUAAUAAACGAUUAGAAAAUAUAUCAACGACAAAACAACAAUCAAUUACACAUAUUCUUCAACGUUUAAAUACUCUUGUUGAUCGAGGAAAUUCUAUUUAUGAUAAGUUAGAAAAGAUUUUAUCAGAGUUUUGA